AACAAGAAGAAAUUAUGAACGUCCUAUUGAUAAUCCUAUCAGUUGUACUAGUAGUAUCUACAUUGACUGGAUCUACUAACAAUUACUACAAUGAACCUACUGGUAAUAAAGGAUUGACAGAUUGUUCUAUUAAUCAUGAUUUUGUUACGAUAACUAACGUAUCAUCAAAUAUAUUUGGACAAACAAUUAAACCAGGACAAAAAUUUUACUUUAAAGGAAUUGCUAAUAUAAAAAAGGAACUCAAUUGGGGCAUUAUACAUAGCACAAUAACACAUCAAUUCAAGAACUAUGUUAAUCUUACUUUUGAGGAUUCAAAGUAUAAUCUCUGUGACAUUAGUGUCUAUGUGACUGGAAAGUACUGCCCGUUGAAACCUGGAAUAUAUCAUGGAAUAUAUAAAGACUCAGUUUCUUCACUUCUGUGGCCAGGCAAGUAUAUUUUCAAAAUUAUUGGCUAUAAAGAAGAUAAUGUUGAACUAUUCUGUGCAAUGACAGAAGUUAUUGUUGAGAAAUGAGUAUACCUAACUCAUAAUAAUUUAAAAUUUUGUAAUUAAAAUAAGAAAAU